GUUGUCCCGGAUUGAAAUGAUUGAAAUGAACCGCAGUUUGUUUUAUUUACGUCUUGGCGUCUUGGUCGAGCCAAACUGACGUACAAAUUAAAAAUUUAAACGACCGAAGCAGAAAUGGCAGAAAGCGAUGAACCGCAGCCGGCUCAUCUGGCUGCACUUGCGUCCCACUUCGGCCACAGUUGCUUCCGGCCGAUGCAAUGGACUAUUAUACGUUCGAUCCUGGAAGAUCGUCGCGAUAAUUGCGUUAUCAUGGCAACCGGAUAUGGAAAGUCUUUAACAUACCAAUUUCCGUCGGUUUUUCUCGGACGGACCACAAUCGUAAUUUCUCCACUGAUUAGCUUGAUGGAAGAUCAAGUUUUAUCGUUGAAUUUGAGUAAUAUACCCGCUUGCUUACUGGGUUCGGCUCAGCGAGCAAAUCCUUUGCCAGAUAUAAAAGCUGGAAAGUUCCGUGUGAUUUAUUUGACUCCCGAAUACGUAACCGGGGACAGUGGAAAAUAUCUGUUGGAGCAUAUCGCAGACCAACUGGUAUUAAUAGCUAUAGAUGAGGCACAUUGCUUGAGCAAAUGGGGUCAUGAUUUUCGGCCGGCUUACAGAAAUCUUGGAGUUAUACGCAAAUUAUGCCCUAUGGUUCCUAUUUUAGCAGUAACUGCAACCGCCACACUCAAUGUAAGAGAAGACAUUAUUAAUUGUCUAAAACUGCGUAACCCACAAACUCUCUGUACGGGAUUUGAUCGACCGAAUUUAGAAUUUCAUGUUAAAAUGAAAGGAUCCCUUGGAGUGUGGGAGGAUCUUCGAGGGUUACUCAGUAAACAUUCGGAGGGCAGCAUCAUUAUUUACUGUCUGACUAGAAAGCAAACAGAAGAAAUUGUGGAACUGCUGAAAAAUAAACGUGUUGAAUGUGAGCCGUAUCAUGCUGGUCUUGGUAUCAGCCAGAGACGAAAUGUGCACGAGAGUUUCGUGCGCGAUCGAAUACAAAUUAUAGUAGCCACGAUAGCGUUUGGCAUGGGUAUAGACAAACCCGAUGUACGUUUAGUUAUCCAUUAUGGUGCUUCAAAAGAUAUAGAAAGUUACUACCAGGAAGCGGGUCGCGCAGGGCGUGACGGGCAACCAUCUAAAUGUGUUAUGUUUUGGAGCCGUGCUGACUUUAAGACGCAUGAAAUAUUGCGUGAAUACAAUCCCGGAGGUGUUCAAAAAAAUAUGGAGGCGUUAUCCAAAAAGAUGCACGAGUAUCUGGAUACUAGAGAGUGCCGACGAAGGUUUAUUCUCAAGUAUUUUGAAGAGAAAGAUGUUGUAGUGGAAUCGCGAAAACAUUGUUGUGAUAAUUGUGACCGAACAGUUGGGGGCGUAAAAGAUAGUGAACGCUACGAUGGCAUUGAUGAACAAGGGAACUAUGACUUUGGCAAAGACAGUGAAUAUUUAUUAAAUGCUAUCGACGUCUUUGGCGGUGGAACCGGCAUUUCUUUACCGAUUGCUUUACUUCGAGGUUCUAAAAGUAAGAAAUUAAACGAGCGCUACUGGAAACACCCGCUGCAUGGUAUCGGAAAAUCAAAAGAUGACGAAUGGUGGAAGGCACUGGCUGUAUUGCUUGAGCGAGAAGGGUUUCUAAACAAGGUCAAACUUCAAAACAACUACUGCAAAUUUGCCCUUAUGUACAAGGUUCAGCCUACGCCAUUGGCGAAGAAGUGGCUUGCAACAUCCGACCGGAAACUGAUGAUGAAGCCAACGGCUGAAAUGUUUAAAUCGCUGAGAUUGAUCAAAGUCCAACCGCUGUAUAAUACGGAUUUUCAGAGUCAGCGUAGUGUUGUGCCAAAAAUGCUCCCUUUGCCAACUGUACACAGUGUUAGCAGUUUGAACAACUCAAGAACGUUGGAAUCAAUCGCUUCUAAGCAAGAUAUUGUGCAAGAUCUAGUUAAAAGUCUGCUCAAAAAACGAUCCGAGCUUGCUACUUCUUAUGAGUGCAUGCCAUAUAUGAUCGCAUCGAAUUUAGCUCUUCACCAAAUGGCAACCAUUCGGCCAUUGAACUUAGACGAGAUGAAAAAUGCUCAGUUGGAUGGAUUCUCUGAUAUAAAAAUACAUAAAUUUGGAAAAAGUUUUCUGUCAUGCAUUCAGGAAAAGCUGAAUUUUUUACCCAAUAAUGACAAUUCUGAGAAUUCUCUCAUGCAGACUGCUUUACAGUGUAAUCCAUUUACCAAAAGUAAGUUUUCAUCUACGCAUCAGACGACUUGGAAUCUUUGGUUAGAAGGUCGGUCAGUUGCCGAUAUUGGCAAAUUUCGUAAUCUUGCAGAAGGGACUGUUAUCAGUCAUUUGUGCGAAGCAAUCAAGCACGGAUUUCCAUUUGGGUUUAAUGAUUUUACUCGAAUAGGCAUGGCCAAGACUACAUUCGACCAUAUCAAAUCAAAACUCCCAACUACGCUGGAAGGCUGCAAGAUGACUGAUAUCAAGAAUCAAUGUUUGCCACAUGUUACAUUCGAUCAGAUAAAAUUAGUGCUUAGUUACGUUUCCGUACGACGUCAUCUCGAGUUGCUAAAUGUUCAACUCACUGAGGAUAACCAAUCAAGCGAAGAAGUAAAAACUACUACCAAAAAUCUUGCUGAAGAUCUCUGGGGUGAAGAAGAUGAAGAACUGUCCGUUGCCGAAAGUAGUUUUGCUGAAAUUGAUCGAAUAUGUAAGGAAGCAAGUUGUAGUAAGAAGGAUCUUUUACAUGCUUCCACAGGGGAUCACAUCGAUAUUGAUGAUGAUGAUGAAGAGUUUGACUUGGACGAAAUAGCAGCUCUCGAGCGGGCAGUGAUGAGCGAUCAGUCAGACAAUAGAAUACCUACAACACAUACCUCUGUCAAAUCGAAAGGAAUUAUUUAUAACGACGAGACUGAAAGUGAGGCCACUGAAACCGGCAGAAGUCCAGCGAAACAGGCUAAGAUUGAACCUGUGGUAACUGAGGUGACCAAACCUUCGUUUACAUUUAAAAUAGCCACCAGUGCAGCAGUUAUUGGCAACAGAUUGGCAAAUAAAAAAAUUGUAUAUGAGGAUAGCGAUGACGAUGAUGUAGUUAAACCUUCGUCCAUAUCUAAAACAGCCAACAGCGCAGCCGUAACCAAAAAAAGGAUCGUAAAUAAAAAAAUUAUAUAUGACGAUAGUGAUGACGAUGAUGACAAUGGGUUUGCUAAAAGAGAAGCUAUGUUGUUGCCCAGGCGAAAAGUUUAAUUGUUCGAAAGGCGCUUCUCGUUUUAUACACAACAAAAGGUAUCGAUUUUGCUUUCUGUUUAU